ACUUCUAGACCAGUGCUUUUCAAACUUUUUGUUGGAGCGGAACCCCAAGGAAAUAUUCCACUGGCUCGAGGAACCCCUGUGUAAUAAUUUAAUAGUCUUAUGCACACAUAUCUGCACAGGAGAAUUAAAAAUUACUGCCGAUUUUAGCAGUUUUGUAACUUCUUGUGGAACCCCUGCACUGUGCUGGUGGAACCCUAAAGUUCCGCGGAACCUUGGUUGAAAACCACUGUUCUAGACUUUAAUAAACAAAUUUGCUUUAAACCUUUAAAAGAAACUUUUGUUCAGAACGUAUAUGAAAGCAACUUGUUUAAUUUUUUACAAGCAAUUUGUUUAAAAGUUUUAGAAGCAAUUAUUUGAAUUUGAGCCCUUUUCUUUUUUAUCAGCGAACUGCUUUUAAAGAUCUACCCUUAGGAACAAACCUUUUCAUGCAAUUAAGAGAGAUAGAACACGCCAACUUCUAAAAGUUCCCGAAGUAAUUUGAAACUGUCACAACAUCAGAACCAGCUUCUUAAUUAAGCUGUCAGGAUAAAUAGGACAAUUACAGAACAAACAUUGAUAUCGCACAAGCAAACUUCUUUGGUAAAUCACAUUGAUAUAUUUAUCUUCAGAAGGAAAAUUUUUUCCUUAACAUUUACUCCAAAACUUUUCACAAUAAUUUCAUAGUGAUAAUAGAUUUUUUUAAGGUAGUAAAAAAAUAAUUUUUUAAUUUCUAAAAGAAAAAACAAACUGUUAAAAUUUGGAACGAAAUAUUAAUCAGAAAAAAAUUUCAGUGAUUCUGACCAAAUUAUAUUUAAGCAGUUGCUAAAACGUUUGUUUACUACAAUCAAGGAAGAUGGUUAGUGCGGAAAGCAAAAAAACAAAGCCCUCAACCGGUUCUUCCUUCUAUUUAUCAGUAUGGUGCAGCUUCAUCCUGUUACUUUUAAGGAGUGAAACUUGCUAUGGUAAUGUGAAGUCGCUUGAAGACUCUGGUUUCCAGAAACUGAAUGGCCAACAACAAAUUAUCCAAACUCGAGGCAUAAAUUUUUUUGGCAAGACUUACAGUUUUGUAAAGGUCUCAAGAAAUGGAUUCGUUAGAUUUACGGAAAGUUCUGAAGAAACGGCAAACAGUAUUGACAAUCUCAAGCCUCAAAUUCUUCCUCUGACUCAUUCAGUUCCAUUUGUAGCAGCUUUCUGGACAGAUCCUGAUGAGACAACCAACGGAACCGUUUGGUUUAAGCAGGAGACAAACGCAACAGAAAUGGCAAGCUUGGAGAAGUUGAUCAGUUCUUCUUUUCCUUCAUAUCAGCAACGGAAGGCCAAAUAUGCUUUUGAUGUAACAUGGGAACAAAUGGCUUCCACCAGUCACUCUGGCAACAAUUCACAGCUGACGAAUACAUUCAAAAUUAUCUUGCUAACAAUGGAGGACAGAGAAUAUCUCAUUUUCUACUACGUCAAUCUGACAUGGGGUGAUUGGAAACAGAUGCCUGAGCUCAACAGGAGUUCCUCUGCAGUGGUUGGCUACGAUGGCGGUAACAAGAACAACUACAUAAUGUUAUCUGGACCGGGACCAAACGAUAUUGUCGCCGGAUCAAACAUCAACAUUUCCAGUGUGUGGAUCAUCAGGAUUGACCUGCCUCCUUGUACCCAGAAAAGUAUGACAGUCUUUAUACUGGUGACAGCCAUACUGUCUUUGUUGAUUGGCAUCGUUAUCGGCGUACUCUGUACUUGUUACUGCUUAAGGAAAAUGAAGAAAGAAGAUGAAGACAACCUGCCUCUGGACAACAAUGCAGAACCGCCUGCAACCAAUAAAAGCACAGAACAACUCUCCAUAUUGCCGCCAUCCAACCCUAACACACCAGUAGUUCCUUCUUAUGCAGCGAAUUUAAAUGUAGACACCCAUGUGGACAAACCACCACCAAGAAAGAUAAGAGUCAUCAAGAAAAACCCACCGGCUCCGGCUCCUUGAUUGUAAAGAAAAGUUUGUUUUUAACAUGGAAAAUUUGAAGAAUUUUCAAGUAAUCUAAUGCCUUCAGCAUUCCUUGUAGAGAAUGCAAACACCAAGA